AUGUCUUCUAAGGGCCCAGGCAGACCCAAAAAAUCGAAAGCAAAGCGUUCGGGACGAAAUAAGAAUGUGACCAAGACAAAAGUUGUAGUUCGUCGAUUACCGCCGAACCUUCCCGAAGAAUUGUUUAAGGAAAGCGUUAAGAAAUGGGCCAAUGAACAGAAUACUGAUUGGCUCAGGUUCCAUAAAGGCAGAAUAAGCAAAAGCAAAAAUAAAGAAGCAAUAUUCUCACGAGCGUAUAUUCACUUUAAACUUAUGGAAGACGUUCUUGAAUUUCAUCGCAGUUAUGAUAAUCACCUGUUUAUUGAUAAUAGAGGAAACGAGACGAGAUGCGUGGUCGAGUUUGCUCCCUACCAAAAACUGCCAAAGGAACGCAAGAAACCUGAUCCACGUCAAGGGUCGAUUGAAACUGAUCCGGACUAUCUUGCGUUUCUUGAAUUUUUAAAAGCUGAAGAAACUAAAGAACCUUCCAAUGAUUCCGGUUUUACUCAGCUUGAGAAACUCGAAUCGCGGUUAUCUAACAUUACCACGACCGCCCCUGAGAAACCUAAAUCUACUCCAUUGCUAGAUUAUCUCCGUAUUCAGAAAUCUAAACCGUCAUCUCCAAAAAGCGGCAGACAGGCGCCGAUUGCUAUCCUCGCUCCUCCAGCUGGACCAAAGAAUUCAGCAAAAAAUAAGGCACAGGGAAGAGCUAAAGAGACCAAGGCAGAUGCAAAGGUUGACAAGAAGUCACCUGUGAAGAUUUCCAUUCAACAGCGACAGAAAGAUCGAAUACGCUCAAUUAUCCAAAGACCAGCAUCCACUUCCAAGUCUGCUGACGCAGUAGAAACUAGUUCUAGCAAGGAUACGUCGCAGUUCUCGAUAAACACUACUAACGCGGCUUCUGGAUCAACGGCUACAGCGUCUUCAACGUCUAGCGUGCCAGCAUCACCCUCAAAUAAACAGAAAUCAAAUUCUACCCCUACAACGCCUACAACUCCAAUGUCUCCGACACGCGAUUAUCAUGGCUCGCAUCAGAAUCGUAGAAGAGAUAGAGAUCGUGACAAGAGACAUAGCUUGGAAGCGAGACCAGUGAUCAAGAUUUUGUCAAAGUCUAGCAAUGCGAAUAAGGAGGGAACUAGCUCGUCUACUCCGGCUGCGACCAAUGCUCCAACGGGUUCUAGCAAUUCUAACACUGGAGGUGCAGCCAAAACGACGCCAAAUACAGCUUCUCAACCAGAAACUAGUGUACAACCAACACACCACUCUUCUGGUAAUGCGCAACGUAGGGGGUAUUAUGCCAGAAGAGGAAGAUGGUAA